AUGUCUUUCGCAGGAAAAUACAUAGAAAUAACCGUAACUGCCAAUUCCUCUGUAAUUGAUUCAUGGGUUUCGAUCAUUCGAUCCAUGCAUAUCGGUCAGCAGGUUGUUGUAGGACUGGUUUGUGAAUGGCGGCCGAAUACAACCAUUCUCAUGAACAACAAAACAGCAACUCUGCAACUAUGCAUUGACACCAAGUGCCUUAUAAUCCAACUAUUCUAUCUGGAUCGCAUUCCUCAAUCUCUCAAGAGUUUCUUAACUGACCCCAAUUUUACUUUUGUUGGCGUUGAAGUUGCAAGAGAUGUUGAGAAGCUUAGGUUGGAAUAUGGGCUUAACUGUGCCAGCAUUUCUGAUGUUCGUGAACUCACUAUGGUUCGUUGGCCUACUAUGUUCUACAGGAAACCUGGCUUGAAAGAUAUAGCCCGUUUGGUUGUUGGACUUGAAAUGCCGAAGCCGAUUCAUGUUACUAGGAGUGAUUGGCAGGAUAGGGUUCUUGAUCUGGUUCAAAUUGAAUAUGUUGCCAUUGAUGCUUAUGCUUCUUACAAGAUUGGCCACCGUCUGCUUAAAGAGAAGUAA